AUGGCUGAGAAACAACAGCAACAACAGUCUCCGCCAGCAGCGGCAGCAGCAGUGUCGCCAUAUGUGUUGGCAACGAGAAAAUAUGAUAAGGAAGCCAAGCAGUUGACUGGACGCGAGGUCGAGAGACAUCCACUCAUUGCAGGUGCAGCAACAUUGACGACGGCAGCAGCAUCAACAACAGCAGGCGACUCAACAGAUAAGAAGAAUGAAGAUGGCAGCAGUUCAGCAAAGGCCGAGACAACAGUGGUCAAUCCAUUGCAGCCACAACAGGUGACAGACUUUGUAGAUCCACUUUCAAAGGUGGCUAAUGAGACAAAGGUCAACGACCCUCUGGCCUCAUCAAUCGCCACGAUGGGAGGUCUCAACACAAUCAAGUCAUCACAUCAGCAGAAACAGAUGUAUCAUGACGAUACCUACAUCCCAUGGGCCACAAUGAAGCCCGGCAUCCUACAGCAAUACACAGACGACGAGCACAAUCCAAUCCAAGUCUCAUUCAUGUCGACUGGCACAUCGGGCAAGGUUAAGAUAUCACUCAAUCGUUUGAAUAAGAUCUUGGAAGAGUUGGAUCAGGACAGCGAGGAGAAGCAGUCCACUCAACUUACACAGACUGAUGUGUUGAUGGAUCUCGAGACACUUCACUCUGAGUUACUCAAGGCAUGGAGAGCUGAGGAGCGUGUUCGUUCGCUCAAGAUUGCCAUCCAGACUGCCAAGCUAUUGUCCAACACAUCAUUAAUCAAGUUCUACCCGAGCAAGUGGGUCAUUGCGUCAGAGAUACUGGACAUCUUUGGAAACAUGGUGUACGACAGGAUAAAGAGCCGCUUGAAGCAGAGCUUGGACAAGGACCCGUCAAAGAGGAACGAGCAGCUGCACAUUGAGCAGGCCAAGGAGACGUGCAGGAACUGGUUCUACAAGAUCGCCUCGAUCCGUGAGCUGUUGCCCCGUCUCUACAUCGAGAUUGCCAUCUUGCGCUGCUACGAGUUCAUCCAGGGCGACCACAACACAGUGCCACGCGAGGUUGUCGACCGCCUCAACCAGCAGAUUCGCGGUGUGGGCAACCCGCUCGUGGCCAACUACCUGCGCGCCUACCUGGCCCGUCGCGCACACGACCUCGUCCCAGAGUACAAGGCCUUUAUUAUCGAGGGUCUCAAGGACUUUGUCUUCUCGCAGCGUUUGUUUGAGAAGUCCAAGUAUCUGGAGCAGACGCUCAAGGCACACAAGAUCACGCUGACCGACUACCUGGGCCUGUACUCGCCCAGUCUCGAGUGGCUGCUGCAGUGUCUCAGCCACAACGGCAAGCAAGAGGUGCUGGAGGAGGUGCUGGCCGUGUUCCGCGAGUCCAAGAACUCGCUGCUGCUCAACCACAUCAUCUCGUCAUUCCCUCCCGACUACAUCUGCAACAACAGCACGAUGUUUAGCAACUUUAUCAAAGAGGCCGACUCAUUCUCCUAUCCCAAGUGUCAACUGUACAGCACGUUUGGUGUCAACCUUGUGCUGGGACACCCGCCCAAGACCCAAGUGUUGACCAUCCUCAACGACGUCUGGAAAGUCGUCUCUGUCUUUGAAUCACUCAAAGACUACAUCAUGGUGGCCGAGGUCUUUAUCGAAUAUGUAUUAACUCAUUGUACUAUAAAAGAAACAGAUACAUUCUUGAAGGAUAUACUUAGACACAUCAUACCAGACAAGGCAUACGAGAACCUACAGUCACACUUGCAAUCGAUCGUGUUGAAGAUCCUGACACAUGUGCAGGACUUUAACGUGCUGGUGGGCAUCACCAACUUCCUGCCACUGCUCGAUCUGUUCAACGGCGAGUCGCAGAAGCAGAUCAGUCGCUCGACCCUCGAGGCACUGUCCAGCUCCAACAGCACUAUCUCAGACCCGGUGCUCAUCAACACGUUCCUGGUCUAUGGCAAGGCGCUGCACGACUCGCUCAACAGUCUGAGCUUCCAGGACGAGGUGCGCCAGGUCACCAACGUGGUCAACGUCUGCAUCGACAAGUUUGACUUUGGCAAGGACGUCGAGAAGCAGCUGAACUUCUACGUCGACUGCCGCCAGACCUUUGUCAACUUUGACGGCGUCAAGAAUCGUCUGGUGUACGCGGUCGUCGCGCUGUGCCAAAAGACGCUGGCCCUCGUCAAGGGCAAGCACACCGCCAAGACGUCGGCAUUCAUCCGCGCGUGCAUUGCCUACUGCUUCAUCACGAUCCCCUCGAUCAACGACGUCUUUAUGAAGAUGAACCUGUACAUGGUGUCGGCGGCCAUCGCCCUGCAGAACCAGGCGCUGUCGCAGGCCGACGCGCUGCUCAAGGCGGCCAUCACCUUUGUCCAGGAGAUCCCGCCCAUCAUGGAGUACAAGCAGGUGCGCUCCACCGAGGAGUGGACUGUGUCGUACCUCAGCAACUUUGUCUCGCUGCUGGUCGUCGCGCCAGGCCAUCCCGAGUCGGGCCCCUUCUACCUGGUCAAGGCGCUGCACAAGGUCGUCAAGGACUACCCAUGGGAGAAGGGUACCACUGGCAAGGCCAAGAUCAUGGUUCAAUUGAUGGGUCUCUGUUCCACAUGGGCACAAGAUUCACUGCCCUACCACUUUGACAAGGUCGAGUCCAACGAUCAUCUCUUUGCUGCCGAUCCAGACUUUAUCAGUGAACUCAACGAACUAUAUGGUCUCCUAAUCAAGGAUGUCUUGAGUGAGCUUAACUUGUUAAAGGAUGAGAUUGAUCCAUCUACUCAAAGGAAGAUGGUAUACGUAUGCUUGGAACUUGUCAAUGUUACAUUGAGUGUUGCCGAGUUGAACUCAAAGACAGCAUCACUUAUAUUCAACUUGUACAAUAUGGCCAAGAAGUCCAUACCGGCCACGGCACACACUGAGCUCACCUAUCUUAAGAACACACUGGCUCACAUUGGUACUCUAAAGUCCAAGAUGGCCAAUGACCUCUACAACAAAUUGAACACGAUCACUGCCUAA